ACUAAACAAAGCUAUACAACUGACUACGGAGUACUCAUAGAUGUCUCCUAAAGUACAGACAACACACUAUCUUUUAACUCCAGCUCAACUCUGUAUUCUGCGGUGAUGGUGAAUUACUGGAAACAGUUUAGCAUCUUUAUUUUGGAAAAGCAUCAUGUUAUUCCUUGGCAUUGAUGUGCAUGUUCUAUAAACUUGCCCUCUCAUCACUGCUUUAACUUCAUUGCACACUCCAUCAUUUUCUUUUCACGGCUUCCCCUCCAUGCCUGAGAUUUACCUUAAUCCAUUCAUCAUACCCCAUGCAUUGUGCCAUCCUUUUUGCCGUAUUGAAUAUCAUAAUUAUAGCAGAUCUAUUGCUUUUGGAGCUUCUAGCUAAGUGUCAUAACCAACUCUCAUACUCUUGGGAUCCUGCUAAUGAUAUAUUAUGGCCUAGCUAUGAUCACACGCGGUUCUUGUCUCAUGGAGUCAUCCAGGUGAUCUCACAUGCGCCGAGCCUAGAAAGAGCCAAGUCAUAAGCAGCU